AUGACGUCAGAAAUUCCUUUCAUAUCAAAAAUUCUUCUGAAAUAUGAUCAUUCUCUACAUGAAUAUGCCUCAUCUAAUGAUCCAUUACCCAAUCGUUUAUUAAGUCCAAUAACAGAAAAUUCAGUUGAAAUUCUUCAAACAUCAAUUUCAACAAAUAAAACAUCUUCCGCAGAUACAUCUCAAAAAUCACCUAAUAUUGUUUUGUCAAAUGAUGAACAUAAUCAUAUCUAUUUACAAAGAUUUCUUCAAUAUACAACAAAUUUUCAAACUAUACAAAAUUAUCUCGAUAAAUUACAUCAACAUUUUAAAGCUUUAUCAAUCAUUAUUGAAUAUAUUCGACAUGAUCAAAAUUUGCUCGAUAUUAUUGAACCAAUUGAAACACGUCUUUUACAAAUGCGUGCUAAAAGAGAUCAAAUCGAUCAUUUACUCAAUCAAUCGUCUAUAAAACAUAUCAUGCAACAAAUUUCACCAUAUAUAUUUCAAUCUAAUUUAAAUAUUGAUUAUCAAGAAUUAUUAAAUUCAAUACAAUUAAGUAUGAAUCAAAAAUCAACUAUAAUUGAUCAUAUUAAAAAUGAAUAUCGUUAUAAAAAAUAUCAAAUCAAUGAAUAUUCUUCUAAACUUCAACAACGACGUGAAUUACUUAUUAAAUUAACAAAUCGAAUAGAACAAUUUCUUAUUCAACAUAAUAGAAUAUUUAAACAAAUAAAUCAAAUAUCCAUAAUAAAUGAACAUAAUCGACAAUCUAUUGAAUUAACUAAUUUAUCAAAUGAAUAUGAACAACUUAAGAAUGAAAAUCAUUUAUUAACAUUAAAAGCUAAAGAAAAUAUUGAAAAAUUUUCUAUAUUUAUGCAAUCAAAUCAUAGACAAUAA